AUGAAAAAUGGGUUAGCCGCAGACGUGGACGGCCCCGCGAAAGAACCGGAAGACAAAACCGCGGCGGCGCUGAUCACGGCCAUACUGUUGGAACACUUCGGCGACGGCCUUCCGGUACACGCGGACGUGGUCAUGGACACGGUCCAGUACCGUCUAGCCCGGGACGAGACGAUGGCCGCGCGCGCCCGGCGGGACGGGUGCUACUGCGUGUGGGCGGACCACCGGGCGUCGCGAGCGUACCGCCGGUGCCUGGCGCGGUUGGUCCGGUCCGGUCGGAUCCGCGUGGUGUACGACUGCGGCUGCGGCUGCGGCGCGUGCCUGGAAGACGGCGGAGGCAACGGGUGCUCCGGAGGAGGGACUCAAAGGCCGACGAAAUCGGCUGCAAUAUUAUGA